UGAGGGACAAGAGAGCCAGGAGGGAGAGGAGAACCCACUUUGCUUUCUUGUUGGUAUCAAACAAUAUCCACCGAAUUACAGACAUCCCAACACUUUGCCCAGGCAGCCUGCUGAGUGAGCAAGGUAUCUCAGCCAGCAUGGCUGUCUCUUUGCCACCCACACUGGGACUCGGUUCUGCCCCAGAUGAAAUACAGCACCCACAUAUUAAAUUUUCAGAAUGGAAAUUUAAGCUGUUCAGGGUGAGAUCCUUGGAAAAGGCACCUGAAGAAGCUCACACGGAGAGGAAAGAUUCUUCUGAGGGGAAACCCUCUCUAGAGCAAUCUCCUGCAGUCUUGGAUGGGGCUGGUGGUCACAAGCCAGCCUUGGCUCAGCCAGCAUUUAAGCCCCACCCUAAAUUUCUGAAGAAAUCUCAUGAUGAUGGGACAGCAAGGGACAAAGCAAUCCAUCAAGCCAACCUUCGACAUCUGUGCCGCAUCUGUGGGAAUUCUUUGAAAACUGAUGGGCACAAUCGGAGAUACCCAGUCCACGGGCCCGUGGAUGGUAAAACACAAGUCCUUUUACGAAAGAAGGAAAAGAGAGCCACGUCCUGGCCAGAUCUCAUUGCCAGGGUUUUCCGGAUCGACGUGAAGGCAGAUGUUGACUCAGUCCACCCCACUGAGUUCUGCCAUAUCUGCUGGAGCAUCAUGCACAGGAAGUUUAGCAGUGCCCCAUGUGAAGUUUACUGCCCGAGGAAUGUAACCAUGGAGUGGCACCCCCACACGCCAUCCUGUGACAUCUGUAACACCACCCGUCGGGGUCUCAAGAGGAAGAGUCAUCAGCCAAAUGCACAGCUCAGCAAAAAACUCAAAACAGUGGUUGACCGAGCAAGACAAGCCCGUAAGCACAAGAAAAGAGCUCAGGCAAGGAUCAGUAGCAAGGAAGUGAUGAAGCAGAUUGCCAACUGCAGUAAGAUACAUCUUAGUACCAAGCUCCUUGCAGUGGACUUCCCGGCACACUUUGUGAAAUCUAUCUCCUGCCAGAUUUGUGAACACAUUCUGGCUGAUCCUGUGGAGACCAGCUGUAAGCAUGUAUUUUGCAGGAUCUGCAUUCUCAGAUGCCUCAAAGUCAUGGGCAGCUAUUGUCCCUGUUGCCGAUAUCCCUGCUUCCCUACUGACCUGGAGAGUCCCGUGAAGUCCUUUCUGAGCAUCUUGAAUUCCCUGAUGGUGAAAUGUCCAGCACAAGAGUGCAAUGAGGAGGUCAGCUUGGAAAAAUAUAAUCACCAUGUCUCGCGCCACAAAGACUCAAAAGAGACUUUUGUGCAUAUCAAUAAAGGAGGCCGGCCCCGCCAGCAUCUCUUGUCACUGACCCGGAGGGCUCAGAAGCACCGUCUGAGAGAGCUCAAGCUGCAAGUCAAGGCCUUUGCUGACAAAGAAGAAGGCGGAGACGUCAAGUCUGUGUGCCUGACCUUGUUUCUGCUGGCACUGAGGGCGAGAAAUGAGCACAGACAAGCCGAUGAGCUGGAAGCCAUCAUGCAGGGACGAGGCUCUGGCCUGCAGCCAGCUGUUUGCUUGGCUAUCCGCAUCAACACCUUCCUCAGCUGCAGUCAGUACCACAAGAUGUACAGGACUGUGAAAGCCAUCACAGGGAGGCAGAUUUUUCAGCCUUUGCAUGCCCUUCGGAGUGCUGAGAAGGUCCUGCUGCCAGGUUACCACCCCUUCGAGUGGCAGCCGCCUCUGAAGAACGUGUCUUCCAGCACUGAUGUGGGCAUCAUUGAUGGGCUGUCCGGACUGUCCUCCUCCGUGGACGAUUACCCGGUGGACACCAUUGCAAAGCGCUUUCGCUAUGAUUCAGCUCUGGUGUCUGCUUUGAUGGACAUGGAAGAAGACAUCCUGGAAGGCAUGAGAGCCGAAGACCUUGACGACUACCUGAACGGCCCCUUCACUGUAGUGGUGAAGGAGUCCUGUGAUGGAAUGGGAGAUGUGAGUGAGAAGCAUGGCAGUGGGCCAGCGCUUCCAGAAAAGGCAGUUCGGUUUUCAUUCACAGUCAUGAAAAUUACUAUAGCACAUGGCUCACAGAAUGUGAAAGUGUUCGAGGAAGCCAAACCGAACUCUGAACUCUGCUGCAAGCCGGUGUGCCUCAUGCUGGCAGAUGAGUCCGACCACGAGACCCUGACAGCCAUCCUAAGCCCUCUCAUUGCUGAGAGGGAGGCCAUGAAGAGCAGUGAAUUACUGCUUGAGAUGGGAGGCAUCCUCCGGACUUUCAAGUUCAUCUUUAGGGGCACCGGAUAUGAUGAGAAACUGGUCCGGGAAGUAGAAGGCCUUGAGGCUUCUGGCUCAGUCUACAUCUGUACCCUGUGUGAUGCCACCCGCCUGGAGGCCUCUCAAAAUCUUGUCUUCCACUCCAUAACCAGAAGCCAUGCGGAGAACUUGGAGCGCUAUGAAUUGUGGCGUUCCAACCCCUACCAUGAGUCAGUGGAGGAACUGCGCGAUCGCGUGAAAGGGGUCUCCGCCAAGCCCUUCAUUGAGACAGUCCCUUCCAUAGAUGCACUCCACUGUGACAUUGGCAACGCCGCAGAGUUCUACAAGAUUUUCCAGCUCGAGAUAGGGGAGGUGUAUAAGAAUCCCAAUGCUUCCAAAGAGGAAAGGAAAAGAUGGCAGGCUACGUUGGACAAGCAUCUCCGGAAGAAGAUGAACUUGAAACCAAUCAUGAGGAUGAACGGUAAUUUUGCCAGGAAGCUCAUGACCAAAGAGACCGUUGAAGCAGUUUGUGAAUUAAUUCCCUCUGAGGAGAGGCACGAAGCUCUGAGGGAGCUGAUGGACCUUUACCUGAAGAUGAAGCCCGUGUGGCGAUCGUCAUGCCCUGCUAAAGAGUGCCCAGAAUUUCUCUGCCAAUACAGUUUCAAUUCACAGCGUUUUGCUGAGCUCCUCUCUACCAAGUUCAAGUACAGAUAUGAGGGCAAAAUCACCAAUUAUUUUCACAAAACUCUGGCACAUGUGCCUGAAAUUAUUGAGAGGGAUGGCUCUAUUGGGGCCUGGGCAAGUGAGGGAAAUGAAUCUGGCAACAAACUGUUCAGGCGUUUCCGGAAGAUGAAUGCCAGGCAGUCCAAGUGCUAUGAAUUGGAAGAUGUCUUGAAACAUCACUGGUUAUAUACCUCCAAAUACCUCCAGAAGUUUAUGAAUGCUCAUAAUGCAUUAAAAAACUCUGGGUUUACGAUAAACUCACAGGCAAGCUUAGGGGAACCGUUAGGCCUAGAGGACUCCCUGGAAACUCAAGAUUCGAUGGAAUUUUAAGGGGGGCAGCCGCUUUUGAGUUGGUUUUGCAAAUGAGUUUUCCUCUGGGUUGCACCGAGACCCUCUUCUAGCACCCUUCCCUCCUGUGUGCAGGGCUUUACCACCCCGGUGGUGGUGGAUUGGAGAGGUCCCAGAUGCUGAAACCAUGUCAGGAAGGGAUAACUGAUGAGUUGAUUGUUUGAGCUGUUUAGGGAGUUCAGAGAAGCAACAGGAGAAAUCAGUUAUUUGAAAGCUCGAUAACUCAGAACAGGCCUAACUGCAGGGGGCCAGAGAUGAACGAAGAUGUGUUUGUGUGUGAGGUUGAGUAACGAGUGACGUGAAAAAUCGAAGCUAAGGUUGUCAAAGAAGAAUGGCCAGUGAAGCCAGGAAAGGAAUUUGUCUUGUGGUUUACACUUCUCUCCUCUAUUUAUUAUAGUUUGUAUUGAGAUACAAAUGUUUUCUAUAUCAAUUUUGUAGAAUUUUUUAUUUUAUAAUUUUCACGUAUCUUGGCUUACUCGACAAGAUUCAAAAGAGCUUUUCAUAUUUCUCUAAUAAUACUGUCUUACAUUUGUAUGGCACAAUGACCUUUACUUUACAGAGUAUUCUUAAUGCAUUUUCUCAUUUGGUACAUUUAUACAGAAAUACCUUACAUCCAGGAAACUUUUGGAAAAUUAGACCUUUUCUGGGUUUAAAUGAUGUCUCUAUUGUAACCUUAUAAUAGUUUAGGAGGUCAUCUGCUGGAUUUUUCAAUAAUGAAGUUAGAAGAAUACAACUGUUAGCUACAGUUAGUUAUUAAAUCUUCUGGUAAUACAUGUUUACUUAGCUAUCAGGAACCAAGUAUGAUUUUUAUUUUUACUUUUUAAUGUCAAUGAAUUUAGUCUCCAAAUGUUUUGUCAGACAACCUGAAAGUCACAGAGGCUUUUAAAAUCUGGGUUUGCUCACUGUAUAAAAAUAGCUUUAGUUUCUUGCUGAAAAUUUCUGCCCGAUUUUUUCUAUGCAACUUGGGUCAAUUUUACUAAUGCCAGGUGUCAUGGAGUCUUUCUGUCUGCAAAAUGUUAUUCUUUCUGUUAUGAUCAGUUUACUUUCAGUGUGCUCAGAUUUUUGUAGCAGGAUACCUUUGUACUUUUUCCACUUGUUGAGUUUAGGUGGACCCCACUCAUACGACAGUGGAACAGUUAGCAUUUGUAGAGUGUUUUUUUGGUGGUUUUUGUUGCCACUUUGGGACUAUUUUUAUAUUCAUUUUGUCUCAUUUUUCCUCAUCAUAGUUCUGUGGGUAGGCAUUGUUAUUAUCCCCAUUUGAUGGAGGGUGAAAUGAUUUGUCCAACGUCACAGGGAUAAUGUAUGACUGAUCUGGAAUUUGAACUCAGACCUUUUGUCUCCAAAUUCCAUGUUCUUCCUGCCACAGAAAGUAAUCAUCAUUUUUUUUUUAUAAGGCCGUAUCAUACUUUGUUUAGGAUCCACGGCUAAUUUCUAUAGUUCAUAAUCCUGGGAUUAUGUUUCUUGGGGACUGGGGUGGAUGGGUUUUUAAGUUAUUAGUGUACUUUGGGCCUUUUGAUAGAAGGAGGUGAUACUCAAGCUCCCAAGAGCCACUCCAACCUCGGGUGAAUCCAGUUACCUGGAAACUAUUGUCAGCAUCCUUAGGAACUUGGGAAUUUCCAGUUUCUGGGAAUUUCCAAUUGCUGGAGAUUUAGAGCAGGCAUGGGAUUUUAUAGGCUAGUGAGUCAAUAUGAUCUGUUAGUGUUAAUUAGUUUUUUUUUUCUUCCUUUGAUUUUAUUGGCCCUAAUUGCCACUCUUCAUAUACAGUAUAUCAAAGAGCUUUGCAAUCUAGUUGUCAAAUGUGCAAAUGUGCAUUAUACUAAAUGGUAUGCAUUUGGUGUUUUUAUAGGGAUUGAAUCUGGUAUUUUCCAUUUAAUAAAUACAGCAGUUUUCCUUGCUUUUUAAUGUAUGGAACAGAGAGAAAUUACAAAGACGUUUGUAAUUUAGUCAUCAAAAAUAUAUACAUAAUUCAAUCUUAGUUUUUCUUGAGAACUCAAGUUUUGUAUUUUGUAAACAAAUGGUGGCUUCUAAACAAAAGGAUGGCUUCUAAACCACCCUUUCCCUUCAUCCCAUUUAAUCCUUACAGCAUGUCUCUUCACUAUAAAUAGCUGAAGUCAUGUAAUCCUCCUACUCCCUGAAGCAUGCUAGCACUGGUUUGUAGAUUUUUUCCCCAUUUCCACUUUGUUACUCGAUUGGUGGCACUGUAAAGACUUUCUAGUAUUAAACCCCCCUUUUCUAGCAUUGUAGGAACUAUGUUGAAUGCGUGUGACUAACAGCAUGAUUUAUAGCACAACGAUCCCAAUAAUCCCUUAAUCAGAUCACAUUUUGAUAAACCCCAGGAACUGGCUGCAGGAAUUUCAAUAUGUAGAAACGUGGCCUGUGGUUGUUUUUGCCCUCAUUGUUAAGAUUGCAAUAUCCUAGACCCUGGUUUUAUAGUCAAGUUUGAUUUUUGACAAUUCCCAUUGUAAAUGCAAUCACAUACCUCAGGGAAAUUCUCCACACUGAAUGGAGCAUUUUUUAUUGAAGUAUAGACUGCAACCUCAGAAGUGCAAUGCAUUUGUCUCCCUCGAAGCCUGAUUCUAUAAGUUUUCCUGCCAACCCACUGAGGUACACUGUAGGGACCAGUGAUAAUGGCUGAUGAAAAUUGAUGAAUGGUUGGUGUGAGGUCAAAAAGCACCUUGGGAUUAAUAAACAUGCGCCGAGAAGCAAGAGCAGGAGGAAAAGAUGUCUUUUUCUUCCAGGUGAACUGGAAUUUAGUUUUGCCUCAAUUUGUUUCCACAAAAUAUAGAUGAAGAUAAAGAUUUUUUUGGGGUGAGUGUGUAGGUCUUGCAUUACAUCAAACAGAAUUCAAAUUCCACAAAGCUGAGAGGUAGGGUUUGUAAGCGCCAGUGGUGGUUCACAGGAAGAAAUCAUCAUUUGGAUGCAAGUGAUUUUUGAUUGCAGAUAUGUACAUGUCUUCAGUUAUUGUAUGAGAGAUGGUUUAUUCUUUCAAGGUUAAGAGAUUUUAAAGAAGAAUGGAUAUUUUGUCCCUAUUUUAUUUUUUUCUUUUAACUACAGUAAUCUACAUAACUAUACCUGAGAGAUCAUUUUUGGUAAGAAAUUUUUUUUUUUUUGUGGCAUUGCACUUCACUUUAUUUUCUUACAGAUAAUCUUUAGGUUUGUUUAAUGGCUACCAAGAGCCUUCUGUUGUUUUUGUUUGUUUUGUUUUAGGGAAAGUUCAGGUACUAAGAUGCAAUGAAUUUAUUUGAUGGGGACCUGUAUUUCCAUGUCACAUGUUUUCACAUUAAAUGAAGUAUGUGUUUUGAUACUUAUUUUUAUAUUUUAAUA